AUGGCUGCUUCUACAUCCAUCCUCCGCCUUAAGCUGCCGUCAUUCCUCUCCAACGCGUUCCUCAGCCACCGCCGCUUCAUCUCAGCCGCCGCGCGCCGCCACCAAUGCCCUAUCAGUGCCAGGAGGCAGCACCAGCAGGAGCACCAACCUCAGAAGAACCUAACAAGAGCCCGCGAAACCUUCAAGAAGCAAUUCUCGUCUCUCUCUCCGCUCCUCUCUCAGGACGACAAUCCUCCGCUGACCGAAAAUCAGGCAAUCGGCACCGUCGCCUCCGCGCAAGCUAAUUUCAUGCGCGUGGUUGUCAAUUCCGAUUCGCAAGAAGGAGGUUCUAGAAGCUCUGGAGUGGAGCUGCUGUGCGUGGUGAGGGCUGUGCUGAAGAAGAUUAAGAGGCGAGUGCUUGUUGGGGACAGGGUUCUGGUAGGUUCGGUUGAUUGGGUGGACAGGCGAGGAAUGAUUGAGAACGUGUUCGAGCGGAAAAGUGAGAUUCUCGAUCCUCCUGUGGCCAACGUUGAUCACCUUGUGGUGCUGUUUUCUUUUGAGCAGCCAAAAAUUGAGCCCUUCACUCUUACUAGAUUCCUUGUUGAGGCUGAAUCUACUGGAAUUCCCCUCACGCUUGCAUUGAAUAAGGCGGAGCUUGUCCAACAGACGACACUGGCGGAGUGGAAAUCUCGGCUUCACGGUUGGGGCUAUGAAGCAGUUAUUUGCAGUGUCGAUACUAAACAUGGACUGGAUACACUGAAGUUCAUUUUGAGAGACCAGACGACUGUAAUUGUUGGUCCCAGUGGUGUUGGUAAAUCGAGUUUGAUCAAUGCUUUAAGAGGCAACGGAAGUGUUCCUCAAGAUGACAAUUCGUUUGAACCUAUUUUAGGAAGCAAGUGGUUUGAAGAGCAGCGUGUUGGGGAAGUGUCCACAAGGAGCGGCAAAGGAAAACACACUACUCGAAAUGUCUCAUUGCUUCCAUUGUCUGGAGGUGGAUACCUCGCUGAUACCCCGGGAUUUAACCAACCUAGUUUGCUGAAAGUAACAAAACAAUCCCUUGCACGAUGUUUCCCGGAGAUCCAGAAAAUGCUGAAAGACAGUGCACCUGAAAAAUGUUCUUUCAGCAAUUGUUUGCAUCUUGGUGAACCAGGAUGCAUUGUGAAAGGGGACUGGGAAAGAUACGCAUUCUACCUCCAAUUUCUGGAUGAGAUUAAAGUUAGAGAGGAGUUUCAGAUGAGGACAGUCGGAACCAAAAGAGAGAGUGGUGUGAGGAUCAAGGUUGGCGAAAUGGGUGUUAAGCGAGUUGAGCCAAGAUUGGAAACCAAGAAACACAGGAGACAAUCUCGCAAGAGAAUUAACCAGUCUAUACUAGAUGAGUUAGAUGAACUCUAUGAUGAUGAUGACGAAGAAGAAAUAGCUGAUAGUGAAAUUCCUAUUGUCAGGGCAGUGAGUGAAGAAAAUCAGUAG